UCCGGAUUUUGACAUUUGUCUAAUCGAAGUUGACUGAAAACCUUUAUUGAUUGCGCUGAAAAGUAAUUUAUGAUACAAAACGAGCAGAGUUGGCGCGGAAGUGUGGUGAUGUUCGAUUAGCGUAAAGUGAAACGCCUGAAGCGGGGUGUGAACCGCGCAGGCAGGCGCCGUGGUGCGGUUGUUAUAACUUGUAGUUCGUGCUACUCGGGCGGGAUGUGCCAGUGAGCCCUCGGGGCUUCGGGGGCAGGCUGUCGGGGAUGGCGGCGGACACGGGUGGCGCGGCGCCGCAGGCGGGUGCGGGCGCGGGCGGCGCCAGUCCCGAGGAGACGCUGGAGUCGCUGCUGCGAGAGGCAGAGGCGCUCAAGCAGAAGUUAGAGGAGGAACGACAGAAGCUCAACGAUGUCACGCUGGCAAGCGUGGCUGAACGCCUGGAGGCCAUCAAUUUCCCCAACCUGAAGCCGAGGCGGGUCCUCAAGGGCCACCAGGCCAAGGUGCUCUGCUCUGACUGGUCACAGGACAAACGCCAUAUUGUCUCCUCCUCACAGGAUGGCAAGGUGAUCAUCUGGGACGCAUUCUCAGCAACCAAGGAGCUGACUAUUGCUAUGCCCAGCACUUGGGUCAUGGCCUGCGCUUACGCCCCUUCAGGAAACAUGGUGGCUGCGGGCGGCCUCGACAACAAAGUGACAGUGUUUCCUCUCGGUGAAGAGAACAAGGAAGAGGGCGCCACUCGCAAGCGCACCGUCGCGACGCACACGUCCUACGUGUCAUCUGUUCUGUUCCCACGCACUGACAGACAGUUACUAACAGGCUCUGGGGACGGAUCUGCAGCCCUCUGGGAUGUGGAGUCCGGUCAACUGCUGCAGACUUUCCAGGGUCACGCGGCCGACGUGCUGGCGCUGGACCUGGCGCCGAGCGACACGGGCGACACGUUCGCGUCGGGCGGCGCCGACCGCGCCGUGCUCGUGUGGGACAUGCGCUCCGGCGCCGCCGUGCAGGCCUUCGACACGCAUCGCUCCGACGUCACCAGCGUGCGCUUCCAUCCCGGGGGGGACGCCUUAGCCACCGGCGCGGACGACGCGGCGUGCCGGCUGUUCGACCUGCGCGCCGACCGCGAGGUGGCGCGCUUCGCCAAGGACUCCAUCAUCUUCGGCGUCAACAGCGUCGACUGGUCGCUCUCCGGCCGCCUGCUGUUCGCCGGCUACAGCGACUACACCGCCAGCGCCUGGGACGCGCUCCGGGCGCAGAGAGUGUGCGUGCUCUGCGGCCAUGAGCACAGAGUGUCGCGCGUGCAGCUAGCCCCCGACGGAGCUGCGUUAGCGACAGCCUCGUGGGACUCCACGCUGCGGGUGAGUUCCUUUAGCUUAUGUGCUCCUGCACAGAUAGUGUGUGUACACUGUGACCAUGAGCACAGAGUGUCGCGCGUGCAGCUAGCCCCCGACGGAGCUGCGUUAGCGACAGCCUCGUGGGACUCCACGCUGCGGCUAGCCCCCGACGGAGCUGCGUUAGCGACAGCCUCGUGGGACUCCACGCUGCGGCUAGCCCCCGACGGAGCUGCGUUAGCGACAGCCUCGUGGGACUCCACGCUGCGGCUAGCCCCCGACGGAGCUGCGUUAGCGACAGCCUCGUGGGACUCCACGCUGCGGCUAGCCCCCGACGGAGCUGCGUUAGCGACAGCCUCGUGGGACUCCACGCUGCGGCUAGCCCCCGACGGAGCUGCGUUAGCGACAGCCUCGUGGGACUCCACGCUGCGGCUAGCCCCCGACGGAGCUGCGUUAGCGACAGCCUCGUGGGACUCCACGCUGCGGCUAGCCCCCGACGGAGCUGCGUUAGCGACAGCCUCGUGGGACUCCACGCUGCGGAUAUGCUAA